AUGAAGUACGUCGCUGCUUACCUUUUGGCUAACUUGGGAGGCAAGUCCGAUCCUUCAGUCAAAGACCUCUCCGACAUCCUCGGUAAGUUUUUCAUGUAUUUUUUACAUUUUUAGGCUUGCAAAAGGUUAAAAUAUGGAAUCAGUUUUAGUUUACUAGGAGUUCGAGUUGUAAUGGGACGGGUUUUAUAUUAUUUUGAUUAAUUUUUGAAGUUCUUGCGACAUUUUUAGUUGGGAAAAGUGAUUUUCAUAAUUUUGCGCAACUUUUUGUUGUUUUAGGAUCCGUUGGAGUUGAAGUUGAACAACAACAGGCCGAAACCGUUGUGAAACUAUUGAACGGAAAGAACAUCGAAGAAGUUAUUGCCGCCGGACAAUCAAAAUUGGCCACAGUCCCAUCAGGAGGUGCUGCCCCAGCUGCCGCCGCCCCCGCCGGAGGAGCUGCCCCAGCCGCUGACAAGCCAGGUAACUUUACAGUUUGUUUUAUCUUUAGGAUGGGUGUAAGGGUUUAUAUUUUUUUAGUAUGCAGUUAGUUUAUUUUUUAAAAGUUGUUAGGUUUAAUUCUAUCAGAAUAUAUUGAUAAUUAGGAUACAAUUAGUAGCUAAAGUUGCUUUUCUUUGGGUAAUUUUGAGUGAACUUGUAGUUUUAACUGCUUUUGAUCAUAUAGAAUACUUUUGUUACCUUUUUAUAAUCAAAGUCUUAUUUUUUUUCGUUUCAGCCGCCAAGAAAGAGGAAAAGAAAGAAGAAUCAGAAGAUGAGGACAUGGGCUUCGGUCUUUUCGACUAA